AUGUUUGAUUAUCCUCUGGGUCAUGAGUGCCCUCGCGAUUCCGCGCCACUUCUGCUGAAGGGUGAUGCGUCCAUGCUACCUCCUGAACCGCAACACGGGAACAUUGAAUAUAAGUUAAAGCUAAUUAAUCCCUCGCCAAAUCGACUUCAGCAACUGAUCACUCAGAUGAAAUGGAGACUUGAGGAAGGUCUAGGUCAGGCGGUCUACGUGAUUGGCGUGGAAGACUCUGGAGCCAUACCGGGACUCACGCAGGAUGAAGUGGACUCUUCCUUGGAGACCUUGAUGAUUAUGGCAAAGAAAAUUGGCGCCACUAUCUCAAUAAAGGGGGAACGGAUCGUGGAAAAUAGUUCAGGAAAAAACAGGCGGAAAGCAGUCGAAGUAUUUGUACAAAUGCAAUGCAACGAGGAAAUCCACGCAGACGAAGUGCGUGUGGUUGUCGUGGGCGGUGGUGGUUCAGGAAAAUCUACAUUAAUCGGAGUUCUUUCAAGCGGUUGUAAGGAUAAUGGCAAGGGUCGUGCUCGUCUUAGCCUAUUUCGCCAUCGCCACGAAAUUCGGACUGGUCGUACUUCCAGUUCAUCCAGAGAAAUAGUUGGUUUUGAUUCAAAUGGAGCGCCUGUAACGUACAAUCAGUAUCAAACACCGGAAGAGAUUUGCCAACAGUCAUCGAAAAUUGUAAUAUGCAUAGACUCGUGUGGCCAUCGCAAGUAUUUUAAGACAACGUUGUUCAGCAUCACAGCAAUGCACGCAGAUUACGUUAUCAUAAUGGUUAAUGCGCUUACAGGAAUCGAAGAGAAUAAGCAGCAAUUAAGUCUGUGUCUUGCAUUGAAAUUACCAUUCGUCAUUGUAAUUAACAAGAUUGACCUCGUUACCAGUGAUCAGUGUCUGGAACAGACGAUGAGCAGCAUCAAAGAGCUUAUCUCUUCUUCAUUCUGCAUGAACAAAUCAUGGCUUGUGAUUGAAAAAGAAGAAGAUGUUUUGUCUUACUGGAGCUCUCCAAAUCAUAAUAUUGUACCGAUCUUUCUCAUCUCUUGCGUCAGUGGAGUUGGAAUCAAUCAUCUGUACAGCUUUUUGAGCCGAACUAAACCAUCUUUAAAAGCUGAUCUUCAGGAAAAACUAACCAAAAAGAGCACAAUCUUUCAGAUUGAUGAGACAUUCAACAUUCAGAACGUCGGUAAGAAUGAGUGA